ACUAUUCGGAAAUACAGCAAGUUGUUUUCGCUGUUUUCUUUUGACAUCUGUCAUCCUAAAAAAUCAAAAAUAAACGUGACACAUUCGUGACCGAAUCAAAACAAACCCAAUUUUAUUCAUUAAUUAACCCUCGAACCGUGAUAAUGAUAACCGAAAUCGUAAAAUGGUGAGCCUAUCAAGAAGUUUCAACACCAAUUCAGGCGGCGCCACAUUUUUCAGUGAAUCCGUUAAUAUGGACGACAGGCAGCACCUCCAGCCCAUUCUGGAUUCAUACGGGGUCUUCAAGCCGCUUAAAACCAUUCCACAUUUCACUGUCCACUUAGUUUUCACAUUAAUCGUGGAAAUUAUAGCUAUCGUUUAUGCUAUCAAUCAUCCUGAUCAGACCCACAAAUGCAGGGAAUACUUCUUGAUAAUCUACUUGCAUAUCGGACUGUGGUUUCUUACGCUGGCACUAGAUCAAAUCGUCAAAUGCCACCAUCAUUCCCUGAGACUCAACGGCUACCUGGAAUUCUACAGGAAGACCAAAUUGCACGCCAGCUUGCCGUUUUACGCCGUCAGUUUGUUCACUGUCGCAUUGAUGUUUGUGCAAACUUUAAUGCAACACUUUUACCCGGACGAUUUCGGUCAGAAAUGCCUGGAUGGCGGCACGCUGUCUCCCAUUUCCUACGUAUGCUCCAUCAUAUCUCUGGAAUUUUGCGCCAUUGUCGGAAUUAACGUCAAUUACAUCAUGCAAGUGUGGAAAUUCAACAAGCAGAAACCUCUACCGGACGUCCAAAAGGAAGAAUGGACGAAUACAACAUCGCCGGAGGCCUUGACGCAAAGUGAAGUUGGCUACAGACAGCUCGGUGAUAAGGUCUACGAUUUGCUGGAAAAACAGGCCGAUUUGAUCACCUUUCUGAAGGAACACAACGCCAGAUUAGGAGAGAAAACGAUGAUAUUGAGCGCUCAAUUACAACAGACCAGGUCGAGAAACGCCUGAUAAAAAAUGUGAUAUUUAUACAGGGUGAUUUUACUUUUUAUUGUACUUGUUUUCUCGACUUUUUUUCAGUUUGUUAUGACACGAGUAAUUUUUGCAUUUUUUUCAAUUUAAUUUUAGAGAUAUUAGAGAUUGGGGAACUCAAAUAAGAGCGACUAUUUUUGUAAUAGCGAAUUAAUCUAGUACGAUUAGUACCUAAUUAGCCAUGUAAUGAAUUUAUACGAACUUUAAUUACAACCGAUACCCUUAA